AUGGUAUCUAAACGUGUUAUGAAAGAACUAAAAGCUCUUGAAGAUGGUUUAGAAUAUUGUAGUGCUACGAUGAUUGAUGAUGAUAUAUUUCAUUGGCAGGUAUUUCUUAUAGGUCCUGAAGAUAGUCCAUAUGAAGGUGGCAAAUUUCGUCUUGAUAUUAAAAUUCCACGUGAUUUUCCACUUAGUCCACCAAAAAUUCGUUUUAAAACAAAAAUUUAUCAUCCGAAUAUUCAUUUAACUGGUGAUAUAUGUAUUAAUAUUUUACAAUUUCAAUGGAAUGCAACAUGGUCAAUAGAAAGUCUUUUAUCUGGCAUACGUUCAUUAUUAACUGAUGCUAAUUCUGAUGAUCCAUACAAUGCACGAGCUGCAUUAUAUUAUCGAGAAAAUCGUGAAAAAUUCGAUGAAAUAGCAAGAUGGUGGACAAAAAAAUAUGCUACAUUUUGA